GUGUUUGCCCUUCAGCCGUCGACCAUUUUUCUUCCUUUGUCUUGCAAUAUCACCCAUUUCAGUCACUCUUUUCGUCGUUCUUCCUGUCAUCGGAGUCCUUCUUUUCCACCUUCCCGGAGCUUGAGCCUCUCCUGCGCGAGAUUCACAAUCCAAACCACCGUCAUCCCUUCCAGAGAUCUUUGUUUAAGCAGCAAAUACGACAUGCAACUCCGCGACGUCCUCUCCGCGGUUCUGGCUACGGCACCGCUGGCAGUGUCCGCAGCUGGAACGCUGGGGUUUGCCGUGGGAAACACCAACCCAGAUGGCACCUGCAAAACCGAAUCCGACUUUGAAGCCGACUUCAAGGCGAUCCUGAGCAACACCGAUGCUCAGUUAGUUCGCACCUACUCUUCCUCCGACCAGUAUGGCAACCCGUGCCAUACGCCUUCAGAAGUCCUCCCGGCUGCCAAGUCUGCAGGCAUCAAGGUGUUAUUGGGCAUGUGGCCUGAUGGCGGCGCUUACGACAGGGAGAAGGCCGCAAUCGACGAGGCAGAUCCUACAUCUUUUGGCGAUACACUGUACGGCAUCACAAUCGGGUCCGAGGGCAUGUACCGCGGCACCUACAAUGCCGAUGAUCUUCUAGGCUGGAUUUCGGACAUGCAAAAGUCCUACCCCGACACCCAACUUGGAAGCGCAGACAGCUGGAACUGUUGGAAUAAUGGCACCAUGGACUCCAUUAUCAAGAGCGGCAUUCAGCUGAUACUCGCCAAUGGCUUUGCCUACUGGCAGUACCAAGAUAUCUCGAAUGCGACAAAGACCUACUUUGACGACAUGGCCCAGGCCCUUGGUCACGUCCAAGAAGUCAGCGGCAGCCUGGACAAGAUCCAUUUCAUGAACGGCGAAACCGGCUGGCCUGGCACUGGCGGCACGGACGCUGGCGCAGCAAAAGCAGGCGACGACAACAUGAAGACAUAUUGGCAGUCCGCCGUCUGCGGCAUUCUGGACUGGGGCAUUGACUUGUUCUGGUUCGAGGCCUUCGACGAGCCUGGCAAGGCCGACGCGAUCGGUGACGACGGGCAAACUGCAAGCGAGCAGCAUUGGGGCUCCUUCACGUCCGACCGACAGCCCAAGUUCGACAUGCACUGCUAGACGGGCGUCCCAAGGAACACCCCGGCUUUCUCGCGUAUAGUUCCUCCGGUUGGCGAUCCAUAUGGCGUUUGAUGAGGGACUGAAUCUUGUUGGGGGAAUUGGGUAAUCGGCGCCAGAACAAAAAGGAAGUGCUAGUGCUGAGGAUGAAAUCUACAGUGUGCAUGUGCAUGUGCAUGUGUCUUGCCCCCCUCUCAUGCGACUGUAGAAAAAGAGAGUGGCGCCAAAUAAGAAAAGCAGGGUCUUUGAUAAACGUUGGCCAUUCCCCAACCUUUCUAACACCUCAUCGAUGGUUUUGGGAGAUGUGAAAGAUUCUGUACUACAAUAGGACAACAAUCCACCAGUCGCAGUGAUCCCCAGCGUGAAUGAACAGACGCGCUCCGUCUUCACACCGUCAAGCGAGGCCUCGCCAGAAGCCACCGCAGCAGAACCUCUACGAGGGCCUUAUCGUUGAGCUAUCGUCUGCUUGC